GUUUAUUGUAAGAUUUUAAUGUGUAAACAUCGCAUGUGCUGUUCAUUGAGUUUGACGUGACUGAAAAAGAGAGAGAGUUUAAAUUAUGAUAUUGAAAAAUCCAGUAUAUCCCCCGGGGCAUACAGAACAUCAGGAUGAUGGACAUAAAAAGUUAUCAGUAUUUUUCGCUGCACUUUGCAUUAUCGACUUAUUUGGAGUAUUUCCAAUCGUGACAUUACCAAAAUCACUCAUCUCAUGUGGAGUCUAUGCAUUUCCAUUAAUAUUAUUUGUGUUUAGUCUGCAAAUCUACACAGCUGUUGUGCUGGGACGUUGUUGGGUGAUUGCUGAAAAAUUAGAUCCAAGGAUUUUGAGGAAAAAUCGCUAUCCAUAUGCUGCAAUAGCUGAAUUCUCAUAUGGAACUGGAAUGAGGAUAUUUGUCACAGUAUUGCUCGAUUUAACGGUUUUCGGCGCCGGAAUUCCAAAUUUAUUAGUCGCAUCGCAGAAUCUUCAACUUUUGGGAUUAAGGAUAUCGAACGACUCAUUCAACUUCUCAUUCUGUUACUUCCUUCUCAUAAUUGGAUUAUUUCUAUCUCCAUUGAUGUGGCUUGGAUCGCCGAAAAAUAUGAGAUUUCUUGCAAGCAUUUCUGUUUGUAUAUGCACUAGCGUUGCAGUUAUGACGUGGAUUUGCGUGUAUUGGGAGACUGAUGAUCCUGCUGUGACACCAAUUGAAGAAUUUGAUCCGAAACAUCCACCUUGGAUGAAUUUACUUAAAGCAUACGGAAUUAUCGCCUUCCAAUUUGACAUCCACCCAAUGUUGCUUACAAUUCAAGUCGAUAUGCAGGACAAGACGAAAAUUGGUCGUGCUGUUUUUAGUGGCAUAGUUUUUACAUGCAUGCUCUCACUAAUCACAACAUUUAUGGUAUUUUAUACGUAUGAGCAGUCAAUAGCAUCAAAUGUUCUAGAAUCGCUACCUAAGAGUUGGACGCUUUAUGUGAUUAUUUUAUUAGUCACAUUGCAGCUUUGUUUAUCGAGUGCUGUGGGAAAUAGUGCAUUGUUUCAACAUAUUGAGGAUCUGUUGGGAAUUCAAAGACACUUCAACAUUGGGCGAUGCAUUGUGCGGAGUAUAUUGGUAUGGUUGGCAGUUUUCCUUGGCGAACUCAUACCUAAAUUCGAUCUGGUCAUGGGCGUUAUUGGAGGAACAUUGACUGGUCCAUUAAUCUUUAUCUUGCCACCACUCUUCUAUACCAAACUGCUGCAACUCGAGAAAAUUCAUGACGAGGAAAUGAGAAUUUUGAUGCUUGAAGAAUACAUGAAUGACGAAGAUCCAUUAAUAAAAUUACCAAAAUAUGGUGCGAUUGCUGAAUUUCAUUCAACUAGUGAUGAGUCACUUGCGUCUAGAUGUCAAGAAGGAAUAAUGAAGCUACUGAGAAGUGAAUGUACAUUGUCGAUUGUUGUCAUAGUUUUUGGAAUCUUAGCAACACUAACGUCAACGUUCUUUAACAUGAAGGAUUUUCAGAAUUUUAGUUUUUGGUCACCCUGUAUUCGAGUUUUCACUGAAGAUACUCAACAACCAUAAAUGACUGUUUAUAUGUAGGAAAAUAUAUUCAAUUAGACAGCUACUUAUUCAAUUAUCAUGUAAUUUUAAGUGGAUACAAUAUUUUUAAAUGUUGAAGAGGGGGUGUUGGUCACCCUGUAUUUUAAAUAUUCCAUAAAUCAAGAUCUUUGAAAAUUGUCCAAAGAAUUGACACAUUGCUCUAGAUAUUCCGCAUAAUCAGAACUUGAAUCUAUCCAUGCUUAUCAGUCCCAGCCAAUCAUUCCACUCUGUAAUCAAAUUAAAUUGAAAAUAAAACACAAAAAUCCUUAAACUUUAAUUUUUCGAAAAAGAUUUUUCAUUUUUAUUUGGCAUUGUUGUUGAUUUUGUUUUUUGUUUAUCAUUCCGAUGAAGCAGAAAUUGGUGAAAAUGAGAAAAUGUUUUAUAUAAUUUAAGUUACAAAAAUUAUUGUAUACAAUUUCUAACCUUUAAAUAGUUCACAUUUUUUACGUCAGUAUCUUAAAAAAGUUUUUAAUAAUAAAAAAAAAUCAUUUUUCUGUCCUAAAAUGAGUUAAUAUAUUAAAUAUGUUAAGAUGAUUUUCAUUGGAGUAUAUUUCGUGUUUUUUUUUGAACUAUAAAUUAUGAAAUUUAUUUUUCAUCUAUUUCUUUAAAUAUGAUGACACGAUUGAUAGUAUCUAUGACUCUAUUGGACCAAGUUCUUGAGUUUUACUUUCACUAUUUUUUUUGUCUAUUUUAGUUUUUUUAUAUUGAACACAAAUGAAUGAUAUUCUGGAUGAGUUAAGCAAGUGUUGUGGCUAGAAUUGAAAUUUUAUGAGAUGAUUUAGGCAUCUUCUGAUUUCAACUAUAGUUUCCUGGUGUGAAGUUAGAUUGAAGUUUAAGAAAUUAUUUGAAUAUUCCAAACCUGGUUGUUUAAGGUUAUCUUAAUUAAAUUGUCAGCCUAACAUCACACUAGUAUUCUACCAUUACUGCAUUUUCAAAAUUUAAAAUUUUUUUUGGAAUUUAUUAAAAUUUGAAUUUUAAAAAUAUUUUGAAUGAGUUUUUAAAUAACUUCAGUUGAAAAAGUCUUUAAUUUUUGAGUAUAAAAAAUGACUCAGUUUUGAAGGAAAUGCGUCAAAAAAAUUAUUUCAAAUAAAAGUAAAUUUCUACUCAAAUUCAUAUUUUGAGUUUCUGUCCAAUUUUCAAUCCAAUAAAUUUAAUUUACGUUGUUCAAUAUCUAGGGCAGUGACUUUCGUUAAGAAAUUCAUUGUUAAAUGUUUUAUUAAAUAUGUUUUUUUUGAUGUUUUAUUUAAACUCUUUAUAAAGGUACGGUAAUUAUUGUGUUCAAUCAUUAACUCCUUGUGCAACUUUUUUUCAUUGCUAAUCAUUAAAAUUUUUCAUCUUGCUCGGAAAUAAAUGAUUAUUAAAACCUGUGCACAUGCUUCAAGCUGCGAAAAAAAGUUUGUUUUUAAAGAAUUGUGUCAAUAAGUCUUGCUUAAUAAAUUUGCCAUGCUGUCUGACAUUAAAUCAUGCAGGUGUUUUAGUUCCUUAGACAAAUUAUUUUAAUGAGCUUUAAAUUUUUAUGCUGCUUAAGUUUCUGAUUAUAUUAUUGAUGGAUUUAAUAUUUUGACGGAUGAGGAAGGGGGUGGGGGCAUGCAUAUGACACGGGAAAAUUAAAGUUUUUUGGAUUUAAAUUAAAAUUUCAAAAAUUUUGAUUUUAAAAUUUUAAAAAAUUAUUGUUUUUAUAAUUUAUCAUUUUUGAUUUUUUAAAAAUAUUUUCAAAUUAAUUCCUAAGCUAAAAUCUCUUAAAAUUUAAAUAUAACCCAAUUUUCCCCCAACCCAUCCUUAUUCCUUACACAUUCCUCAUUAAUAAUUUUGCUAGGCUAAUUAAUAUAUUAUUUUUGAUUAAAAAUCUUCAACAUCUAUUCUUUGAAGUGCACAAGCUUUUUUUUCUUUUUAUAAAAAUUCGAAUUCAUGCUACUCGUUCAUAUCAAUAUUGCCAAAAUAUGUAAAUCAUUUUGAUUUUUAUAUGCGUUAAAUUUACAAUCAGAACAUUUUUUUCUUCAUUUUUUUAUCCUUUAAUAAUUUUCUUAAUAUUUUUUUUUCAUUCCAUCCAUCAUAUUUAGCAUCUUUCUAAAACGAAAUUUAAAUCAUAUCACUUUGUGAUGAAUCUAGGAAGAUAAUAACUUAAUGCAUGCUAGCAUGCAUGCGAAUAAAAAUAAAAUUCGAGGAUUUCUCAACGAGGGGGUUUUAUAGGAUUUUUGACAUAAAUUUAUUAAUUGAUUUUUAAUGAAAUUUUCCUGAAUUAACUUAAAUGACUUUUUUUGAGGUUGACAUUUCAAAUUUAAAAAAAUUGAUUUAAGAUUUUUUUUUUCAAAUUUUGUAAUACUUUUUGAAAUUUGAUUUUUGUUAACUUUUUUAUAUUCGA